AUGCCAUCCCGCCGGCCGCACCACAAGACCAGGAGAGGGUGCACCUCGUGCAAAAAACGGCGUAUCAAGUGCGACGAGCACACCCCCGAGUGCCAUAACUGCACCAAGAAGAACCUUACGUGUAGCCUAUUGACCCUUGUUCCCUCCUCGCGGCUCUCAAGCAGUUCGUCCCCCACACCAGUACCUCCAUCUGAGGCGGUAGCUCGACGUGUUUUCGUUUUCCAUCAAACUCCUGAAAACCCAACUCCGACGAUCUCGGCACUGUCGUCUCUUACUGCUUCUUUCGAACGCUGCUUCAGCGACUCUCCGACAUUCUUCCAAUCGAAAGGAAAGGAGUUAAUCCAUCAUUUCCUGACCAAGACCAGUACUACCUUGGCGACUCAUAGCCCUACGCAGCGGGUAUGGCAGGUGGCCAUUCCUCAGAUUGCUACGGCGCACCCGUAUCUGAUCCAUGGAAUCAUUGCCGCUACCUCUCUUCACCUCUCUGAGCUUCAUGAGGAAGCCGAAGCAAAGGAGGCCUUCGCCAACAUUGCUGUCCGCCAAAUGGACCUUUCCCUAUCGAAUUACCGCAACCAGCUAUCCAAUAUCACGGCUGAAAAUUGCAAUGCCUUGUUUGCCUUCUCUAUCUUAACCAUCAUUUAUCAAUUCCGGACGUUCCGCGAUGAGUCCGCAGCACUCUUGUCAUUAGCUACCCAACAAGAUGUUGAUAUGCCAUGGGUCACGGCUCAACUAAAAAAUGUGUCACUUGGACUCCUUAUGAACAUGCGCGGAGGAGCGAGGGCCAUCCUAAAUCCAAGUUGGAGUUGGAUCUCAAAAGGACCGCUGGCAGACAUAGCUGAGCGAAACUGGUGGCCAACAGACCGGUCCCUAAAGAGCCCGCGACACUUUGAAGAGGACCACCGACUACACCAGCUAGAAGAACUAUGGAUGAUCCCGGGACAACCAUAUGAGAACGAACAUGAUGUGUUAAAAACUGCUCUGCAAGAUCUUCGCGAUACAUAUGCUCUAGUCGCCCAACUCACAGAUGACUCCACUGUGGGCGCUGUAUCAUGCACGUACAAGCUUGGCGCCGAUGACACUGUGCUGGGUACAUUGAAAGAUAGGGGCGCAAUAUUCAAGUGGCCUGUUGGUUUGUCCCAAGAGUUCAUGAAGUUGGGAGAGCAACAGCAUCCCCACGCUUUCGUUAUCAUUGCCCACUGGGCAGUCUUACUUCACAGAAUUAGCGAUCUAUGGUUCUUGGAAGGCGUGGCGUCGACUUUUGUAGCCACUGCAGCCUCGUUGCUGGGUAAAGACAAUCGAAGCUGCAUCGAGUGGCCAAUACGCGAACUUGGGCUACAAUUACCUGAUGGGCUUUGA